AUGUUCAUUAUUCCAUAUUAUUCUUUACUAGAUCCCAACUCGCAACAACGGAGAGCCAAGGGGAGAGGCUUUGCUCGUCCAUAUGUUGGUUGGGGUACAGGAGCGAAGUUAGAAGUUAAAUUGAAUAAAGACAACCAACCGAUAGGUAACACGACAGGUCCCUUACAAAGUCAACUUGGCAUCUUAGCAAGAAAUGCAACUUUAGCACCCUUAACUUUUACUGAUUGGAGGGCUCCGGAGCUAUAUCCAUACAAGGAACGCAUAUGGGCAGAGGUUAGGGAAAAUACAACCGCACCAGAUGCUUAUAAGCAUAAUUGUUUGAUGUCCGUUGGAAAGAAAUGGAAGGAUUGGAAAGAUGAGCUGAAAAGAAGUACUUAUAACUUAUAUGAUAAUGAUGAAGACCGUUUGGCGAAUUGUCUGAAUAGGGUCGAUCCUGAUCAAUGGAGAGUUCUUGUGAAAUUUUGGGGCACUAAAACAGCCAAGAGACGCAGUAAAACCAACUAUAAAAGCAGACACGAACAGAAAAUGGGACACACGAGUGGGAGGAAGGGCCAUUGUCAUGUAAGGGAUGAGUUGACACAGAUUAAGGAUGGAGUAGUUGUAGAGCCCGAUCGUAUACAGGUAUUUAUUAAGACUCAUACGAAGAAAGAUGCACAACCAGUUGAUGAAGUAUCAGCUUUGGCGAUACGUCUUCUUAAUGAGGGAGCCUCUCAGAUUCCUGAGUCCUCAGAGUCACCUGCUUUACGGGAGGAGUUAUUCACUAACGUACUAAAACCAGAUAAGAAUGGACGUGUGUGUACGUAUGGCCUGGGUCCUUGUCCGAGUCAAGUGUUUGGGACCAGAUAUACACAAUCUCAUGAGCAGCGUGUCAAGGAUCAGUUGCGUAAGGAGUUGCGUGUUGAGUUGGGUGCAGAGUUGCGUGCUGAGUUGGGUGCUGAGUUGCGUGCAGAGUUGCGACAAGAGGUGCUAAAAGACGUAAGUGAUGAAAUCACUCAAUUGAAGAACCAAUAUGCAACCAUGGCAGCUUGUAUGAAAAGUGUAGGACACCUUUUGCCGCCACCACCAAAUGGAGCUGGACAUGGGGAUGGAGACCACACAGCGUCAUUAAUGGAGCACAAUGGACAGGUUGAUAGGACGUAGACGGACAUGGAAGACAUGCAAUAGGAAUGACAAGAAAUCUUCUAGAUAAUGAAAACUGUUUUUGUUCUUUUUGUUUUGGAGUUCGCAACCAAAAGCAUAUUUUGGGUCUUUGUGUUGCUUUGGUUAGUAUGAUCUUUUGUUUUUGGAGAUACACAUGCAAUUGAAACUUAUAUUUUGAAACUUUGGGUUUAAUUUUCACAUUGGCAUUCUAUGCCUAGCAUUGUUAUUUUUUGUUGCUUUGAGAUUGUCUUUUAUGAUGUCCAAUUUGCUUAUA